AUGUCAUAAUAAAUAAGUGCUUAACCCAACUUUAUUUUAUGUUGGUUUCACCUGGUUUUAUUAUUGAAAUCUUAGUUUAAUAAUUAGUAUUAAAGAAGCAAACCUCUAAAAAUGUCCAACAGUCAUCUCUUUUUGAAAUCCACUUUUGUUAACGCACCCUUGCAGAACGGCGUAGGUCGUUAUGUUUGCCAGCUGCAGAGAGUUACACUAAAAUUCUGUAAGAAUCAUGGAGCUAGCAGAGGAAUGAGGGAUUUUAUUGAAUCAGAUCUUGUAAACUAUGCAAAAGAAAAUCCUGCAACUGUUGUUUACCUAAAACCAAGAAGACAUAGAGGUGCUACUAUUGUAGCAGAAUACUUGAAUGGAGAGAAACAACAUGUAGAUUGCCGUAAUUUAGAAGGUGAUGUGAUAUCAAAAUGGUUACAUCUUUUGAAGACACAGUCUGGGAAUCAUGAACAUGUUAGAUUCAGAAAAAUGUGGCAUACUGAACAUCCAUCUAUUCAAGGACCUUGGACACCAUACACUUUCAGAGAACCAGCUUUGAAUUUGGUUGAGUUCCCAAGUGCAGAACAAUCAAGACCUGCUCAACUGCCACAAACUGCUACUGAUAGACUGCUUGAGAUUUUCAAAGAACAACAAGCUUUGAAUAAGCAACCAAGAAUUGAAGAUUUAGAAGCAAAUAGGGCUAAAUGAAUUAAUGAAAAUUCAUAAAUAUAGUUGUAGUAGUUAUUAAUAAAUCAAUAUUAUCCUUAAAAA